AUGAUACCGAACCCCCCUCCUAUCUUCGAGCCCUACAUGCUCACCCCCUUCGACUAUCUCCCUCCCCCACUGCACAUGACAGCCUUUUUGACCUUCAUUCUUGACAAUCCCGCGCGGGCCAUCCCAGUCCUUGAAGCUGCCGUAGAGCGACUCAUCAAUGAGCUGCCCUUUCUGACAGGCAAUGUGAACGUACGGGAGGUCCAGCCCUCCACCGCAGCCGUGCUGGAUCAGCAUCCAAUGCUCGUUAUCAAGCACCACCCCCGCAAAUACAUAUCCAGUGCGGCGAGCGCCUCACCAGUCCGCGGUAGAGGCCAAACCAUCAGUUACGACGACAUCUUUACAGAGGAAUAUCUUCCCCUCCCACUAAACAUGGGCUCCGCCCCAGCCAGCCCGGUGUAUCGAUUCCAAGCCAACAUUCUCGAGGAUGGAAUCAUCCUCUGCGGCAGCGCACAUCAUAACGCCGUCGACGGAAUGGGCCAAUGCUUUGUCCUCGAAGCCCUAGCUACCUGCAGUCGCGAGGUCGACAUCACCAACACCACCAUCACCAAUCUUCUCACCACCCUAGAGCAGGAGAAACAAACCCGCAACCUUAUCCUCCAAGCCGCCAGCGCCGGCCCCGUCCAGACCCUGGAUGGCCAAGCCGCCGGGCAAACCUGGGGCGUCGCCGCUCCCCCCGACGUACCCAACCAGCCCAUCAGCCGCAAGCUCAUCUUCUCGCCGAACCGAAUCUCCCAACUCAAGACCCUUUGCAGCGCCCACCUCCCCUCCGCGACCUCGGAGGGAGGGACACAGGCAAAAGACCGGGUCCUUUCGCGCAACGACCUCGUUCUAAGUCUCAUCUGGCUUUGCGUGAUGCGCGCCCGCGCCCGACUCCUCGGUCCUGCGGCGAAGAAACACCACUCCAGCCUCAGCACCGCCAUCGACGUGCGCGCCGCCCUUCGCCCUCCGCUCCCACGCACCUACAUCGGUAAUGCAGUGCACACCAUCCCUCUCCACGCCCCUUUCCCCAUGGCCGCCACCGUCGACGACACAUACCCCUAUUACCCGGAUCCCCUCGACCCGACGAAUCCGACGAAUCCGACGGAUACUCCCCCGGUAGAGAGCCAGCGCGCACCGUUGGAGACGGCAGUGCUGACCAACCUCACGCAGCUAGCCCUCCUCAUCCGCCGCGGCAACGCCUCGGUGGACAGCGACUACUUGCGUCAGCAUCUCGCGCAGGUCUACAACUCCCCGGACUGGUCGGUGAGUGCGGCCUCGCGACCCGCCGAGUUCGGCCAGAGCAGUCUGCGCAGUAUCGGGACGUAUCGUCUGGAUUUUGGGAGUGUACUGGGCCGGGUGCGCGAUUUCGAUGUCCCGGAUCCCCGGUUCCGCAGCGCAGCGUGGAUCCUGCCGGCGAGGGGCAAGGAUGCGCCCUGGGAGGUGCGGUUGGUCUUGGAGCCCGAAGCGUUGGCCUUGGUCAAAAGGGAUCCGGUGGUGAGGUGGGCGGUUGGGAACGAGGGGGCGAGGUUGUGA